AUGCAGCGGGCCACCGAGGGCGCGGGGGGAGCGCGGACGGCGAAGCCGCAGGGGGGCGCCCUUCGCCCUGACCCUGCCCUGGGCCAGCGGGGCGGGCAGAGGCUGGGCUCCGUGGGCCGGGGGCGGCGUCACUCCUCGAAAGCCCGCGUCCGGGGUCGCAGCCACGGCUCGCGGAUGGCGAGCAUGGCGCUGGACUUGGCCCCAUACCGCUUUGUCAUACGGGUGCUGCUGGAGGAGACCGGGGAGAUGUUCACCGUGACACACUGCCACGGAGACAUGACGGUGCAGGAGCUCAAGGAGGAGCUGGAUCUGGCAGCCGGCAUCCCCUUGAACCUCCAGCUGCUCCAGUACCUGGACCAAGGAAUUUUGAUGGAUGACGCUACCCUGAGGUUUCAUGAUGUCGUUCCCGGUGGAAUUAUUUCAUUACAUGUCUGGCGUUAUGAUGGAUGGGCGGACCUGGUUCAGGCAGCGGUGGAAGGGGAUAGCAGUAAGCUCUCCUGCCUGGGAGUGAGCGAGGACUCUCCGUACCGAACAGCCACUCUGCUCUACCUGGGAGAGAAGCAGCGGAAGAAGUGGGUGGCUCAGAGGGCCUUCGUGGCCUUGUACGUCGCCUCGCACAGAGGCCACGUGGAGGCGGUGCAGUAUCUUCUGGAACAAGGAGCCAACUGUCUCGGCCGGUCCCCCAUGGGCAGGACGCCUCUGCACGUGGCUGCAUUCACGGGCCAGUCGGACUGUAUCGGCCUCCUGCUCCAGCACGGGGCCUCCGCCUAUGCCAAGGACGCCAAGGGCGUGACCCCCAAGGACAUCACCCACCAGCUGAACCGCAGACAGGAUGAGCAGCAGAUGCUCCUGUCCCAGCAGCCAAAGGCGGGGGCAAAGGGCCUCAAGACCUGA